CUCCACUGGAAUGGAAUGGACAAAAGACAGUUUGAAUACAAAACGCACAUUUGGACUGCCAUCACCACAAACACACACAGAAAAGGAAAAAAAAAAAACACCUCCAAUAUAUAAAUAUAUCUCCCGGUUGGAAUUACACUCCCACGGCAUAAAGGGGAUCUCUGUGCAGUAUGAGGAACUGAUUGAGUGAACACAGCUUGUUAUAACGAAGCGAGAUGUAUAGGAAACGCUAAUAAUAAGCCAUAGGAUGACAAUGAUGGUAUAUUUUCGUGCGACACAAAUUGCCGAUCAAGAGCCACGAUCCCUCGCUUGCAGUUCAGCUAGGAAUCAACCCCGAAGAGUUCAAAUGAAUAAGCUAUCGGUCAUUUAUCGUUUUGUUUUUUUAAAGAAGAAUUCUACAGGACUCGACAGAUCGUGCUUUCAGUGUUGAUUUAAAGGGGCUAUGAUGUAUACGACCUAACGUAAAUGAAAGAAAGCAGGAUAACCUGCACUGUACGCGUACAAGGACGACGAACCGUGGAUUGAGGGAGAAGUGAAGCUAACAGGCAGACCAUUCUACUAAAAGCUAAGCGCUUGGACUGUCGAUACUGACAAUGGCCAGAUUGCGCAAGAAAGCUUGCGUCGCCCUGUUUCUGUUUACCUUGUUUAUUUUUGGGACCAUGAUGGGCUUGAGAACAUUAAAGCCCAGUGAUGGCUUUUCAGAUUUAGCUCCGGGACUCAAGUUAAUGCCGGUUGCUGCUGAGAGAAUGGACAGGCGUUCAGUCUCCAGCGAAGUCGCCGUGUCUCCUAUCCAUGCUCAUGCUAUAACUGACACCAAAGUUGUCUAUGCGAAUUCCAACCCUGAAGGUGAUAUGUACUAUGACGUCCAUAUAUUUUAUUACACGUGGUUUGGCACUCCAAUAUUGGACGGGAAAUAUAUACACUGGGACCACGUCCUGGUGCCACACUGGGACCCUAAAAUUGCUGCUAGCUACCCCAAAGGAAGACAUACGCCUCCAGAAGACAUCGGCUCCAGCUUUUACCCCGAACUGGGACCUUACAGCUCCAGAGAUCCAGACAUCCUAGAAUCGCACAUGGAACAGCUUAGAGCUGCUGCAGCAGGUGUGCUGGUUCUGAGCUGGUACCCUCCAGGCAUGGCUGAUGACAACGGAGAGCCCACAGAAGACUUGGUUCCAUCCAUACUGGAUGCUGCACAUCGGCACGGCAUCAAGGUAGGGUUUCAUAUCCAGCCGUACACAGGACGUACCGACCGCACUGUACACGACAACAUCAAGUACAUCAUCGACAAGUACGGAAAUCACGGGGCCUUCUACAGAUUCAAAACCAGCACUGGGAAGAUCCUUCCUCUGUUUUAUAUUUACGACUCCUAUCUGACGCCCCCAGAAGACUGGGCCAACCUUCUCUCCUCCUCGGGAUCCCACAGUCUCCGCAAUACCCCCUACGACGGCAUCUUCAUCUCCCUGAUUGUGGAGGAGAGGCACAAGGACGACAUUGUGUCUGGAGGCUUUGAUGGCAUGUACACCUACUUUGCUUCCAAUGGAUUCUCCUUCGGCUCAUCCCACCAGAACUGGAAGGCCAUCAAAACGUUCUGCGAUAUCAACAACCUAAUGUUCAUCCCCAGUGUGGGCCCGGGGUACAUAGACACCAGCAUACGGCCUUGGAACAACCACAACACAAGAAACCGUGUCAACGGGAAGUACUACGAAACGUCUCUCCAGGCAGCACUCAUGGUGAGGCCGGAAAUCGUCACCAUCACUUCCUUCAAUGAAUGGCACGAGGGAACGCAGAUCGAGAAGGCUUUGCCGAAAAAGACUUUGACUCGGAUGUACUUGGACUACCUGCCCCACAAGCCCGAUUUGUAUUUGGAGCUGACGCGGAAAUGGGCAGAGCAGUUCAACAAAGAGAAAGAACAGUGGCUGAUGUGAGAUCUCGUUUCGAGUGGCGUCGGUGUGGAAAACCCAAUGGGAGGAAUACUCCCUAUGCCUUUGAUUAACACAUUAAUUUACUCGCUACACACACACUCAUUCAGUCACAUUUCAAAACUCAGUAUGAAUUAUAGUGAACUACCAGUUACUAAGACUGCAUGAAUACAAAUUUCUGAAUGUCAUCAGCAGAGACAUGGUAUUUUUAUUCUUUAGUCCCCCACUGUUUCAUGCUCACCAAUAUACAUUGCCUUGUCUGAUCUGUUCCACAAACGAGACUCAAGAUCCCAAGAUCAGCAGUUUAAGAAUAUUUUUUUUCUUUCCUUGGUUAGUAGGUUAUCAAGGGGAAUAAGUCACUCUGACCCGUUAACUGUCACAAUC